ACGGCUCUCAGCAAAGCAACAAGAAGGAAGAGCAAUGGCGACACUGGAUCGCCAAAUACCAAGUCUGGAUACCUUCCUUCGCGAGCCUUGGUCUUCCUUCGUCAGUGCGGCUAAAUUACGUUUUGUUGACAACGCAGACUCGUCUUUGGAUAGCAAAGAGAAGGAGCUUUACUGCCUCGGUGAAGCCGUGAAGCUCGGCGGAGAAGAGAUGCUUGUCUACAGCCAGUUUCCAGCACUGCAGGAUUUUUGUCUUGUUGUCUGCCAUGUCUGCAAUCAGGUGGUCACUCCUCAGGGCAUCCUCACACACUAUGAGAAGCGCCACAUCUCCCCUGCGCCCUCCCGGAGCCCCCUGGUCCCCAUGAAGCCCAAAGCACCUGCAGUGGCCCCCGCCGUGGCUCCCAGUCCUGGGGACACGCUGGCCUUCAGGGUCCCUAAAGAUUACCCCCACUCCCGCUUCAGCAAGGCACCGCUUGCUGUCUACCCACCAAAGGGGGCACGGAACAAGACGUGUGUAUCCCUUCCAGUCGUAAGUCUGGAGAAGAUGCCGUGCCUUAACCGCACCGACUCGGCAUCACACGUGCGCCUCACCUCCUCCUGUUCCUCUUCCUCCUCCCCCUCCCCCUCCUCCCUCAAACCUGCGUCCCUCACUCCCCCAGCCUCCCAACGGUCCAGCGAGAAGCUCAUGAACGGCCGCAGCACCAGCGGACCAUCCACGCCGCGCUCCACCACAUCUCCGUCCUCUCUGGACGGGCGGCCCAGCCCUGCGCGCUCUCCGCUGGACAGACGGCCGUCAUCCACGCCUUCUCCUUCCCCGUUGGACCGGAAACCCUCCCCGUCACCGUCCCCCUCUCACAGAGGUGGCGCUCUGCCGUCAUUGUCGUCAUCACCAUUGGAGAAGAAGCACCAAAACGGGACUAAGACUUCCUCCAGGUCUCAGAAAAGACUCUCAGGGAGAGUGUUUGAUCCCAACAAGCACUGUGGAGUCCAGGACCCCGAGACUAAACGACCCUGCACGCGGUCUCUCACCUGCAAGACUCACUCCUUAACCCACCGCCGAGCCGUCCCCGGCCGAAGGAAACAUUUUGACAUCCUCCUGGCCGAACACAAGGGGCGGCCGAAGGAGGGGGUGAAGGAGAAGGAGAAAGACAAGGACGGGACGCUGGGAGGUAAGGAAGGCAGCAGCCAGAGUAUCACGUCACAAGAGACCGCAAGUCCCAGCAAGCCUCACUGCCCGAAUGGACGACCCCUGUCCACGCUGAAGCUACGGCUGGCAAAUGCACACAUACCCAGGGUUCCAGGCUCCACCACCGGCACUUCCAGUCCUGUGCCCCCAGCCCCAGCCCCUAACCCAGAGCCGUCCCCCCACAGUUGGGUGAUGGCAGCAGGAGACGGAGGUCGACUCUCUAGUGAUGAGGGAGAUGCAGAGACUCCAGAGGACACUGACAGACCUGCCUUUCACUGCUCCAAUCACCACCCACAGCCUUUAGGGUGCUGCGUAUUCAGCAGCAGGCUCAUGGGACGGGGCCACUAUGUGUUCGACAGGCGAUGGGACAGGAUGAGGCUGGCGCUGCAGAACAUGGUGGAGAAACACCUUAAUGCACAGAUGUGGAGGAAGGUGCCUCUGGCCUGUGAGAGCAUCUCCUCCUCUGGUACCUCCCCCAUCACUUCACGACAGACUCCCUCUCCCACCUCCGUCACUUCUCCUCUCCUCUCCUCCCCCUCCAACUCCCUCUCCUACACUGCCACAUUUCCUCAGUCCGCAUCCAUGGCCGGGAUGUUCAGCAUUCGAGACGCUGCGCAGCUUGUCGCCCCAGUUUCCGCACUGGGUAAAGCCCGUAACGGCACGCAUAAAGCCAGUCGCCCAUCCAAAGACGUGGAGGACUCAGCAGUGGGAGCUAAGAAGAGAAAAAACUCUUCUUACUCCUCCUCCUCCUCAUCAUCAUCCUUUUCUUCUUCCUUGUUUCCGACUGUGGAUAAUCACAAGAGGAACGGCAGCAGCUAUCAUCCAACAUUACAAGGUUCAGGGGCGGCAGCAGCAACCCCUGCUCGGAAAAAGGGGCUUGGACAUGGGGGAAGCGGGCUUUGGAGCGGCGGAGAGGACUGGCUAUCCAGAGCCGAUGGGUCUCAAAGCCACAACUCACAGAACAGUCGUGAACUUGGCACGACCAGUAUACCGUACUCGCCCAACAGGGAGCCUGCCUCUGCCCCCCAUCAGCCCCUGGCUCCCCCCUCUGGACCCUUGGCUUACGGGGGUGGAGCGGAGGGGAGGAAGAGGAGGAGUCCCAGCUCUUACAGAGGGAAGGGCAGCAAGCUGAGCAGGCCGGGCGAGUUGGAGAGCCUCUUUGGGAAUAGGAGCGACAGCGGAGGAAUACUGGCUUCGGGGCCCGAGUCCCCGAGACAGGCCAAGUUACAUCACUGACAGAAACCAGUUUCACAGACUGAAUGUUGGGCAGCUGUGCAGGCCACUACCGUUUGUGACCUUUGACCUCACCACUCUUCCACUGACGGCACCAAUCAGGCUGCCUCGUCUCGGCGAUGUCACCCCUAUUUACCCAAUGACAGUUCAGUUCACCCGCUGUGACUCUGGAGCCCACACAGUUGGCCGGUAGUCACUUCCUACUCUCCACCUCUAAUUAUGGAGCAUUUUGAUGGAAAGCCGCCGUGCAUCACUGUGGCCGCGGCCUUUUCAGAACAAGGCAGUGGAAUCCGAAAAACUCGCCCUCUGAAAAGGGAAUUUGCCUCGCAAAGUUUUCAAGGCAAUUAAUAACAGCGCCACUGUACAGCUCCUGGGGAGACAAGUUUUUGUGAACAACCAGAGUUCAUGUUGUGAUUGUUGACCGUGUUCCUGGUUGCUGUGUCCGGUCAGCUGAGAGGGGAAGAGGUCUGUGAUUGUUUUUGGAAGUUAGAUGGUUGAAGGACCUACUGACACGACUACUGUAGGACUCAGCCUUCUGCUGUACCACCCCCGCCAUUACUCCUUAUUCUCUCUUUCUCUUAAAUUGAGCUUUUCCUCAAAGAUGGAAGAGACAACAGCAGCUGUAGUUGGGUUUUAUCCAGCUUUUUCCUCCUCUUUCAACCUUGUCCCUUUUCUAUAUUUCUGUCCAUCUUUCUUCAUAUCAAACAACUUAGUCUCCAUCUUCACAGCCCUCUUUUUUUCCUUUCUCCCCCUCUCUCCCUGUCCAUCCCAGCAUGCCCGUGCUCAAAGUGCACUUACUGCCCUCGCUUUCCAUUGCUUCCCUCCUCACUGACUCCAGAGCAGUCUCCAGCAGUGCCACACGAGGAUCUGUUCACUCAAGGGAAGGAAAAGAAAAGCCUGUGUUACCAACGACGCAGCGUCAAUGCAUUGUAUUUCAACAUAGGAAGAUAUCCGAUUUCAGUUUGAUUGUUUUUUUUCUUGUUCUGGUUUUAAAUGUUGCAAGAAACACAAACCCAUGUUUGUUUGUCAGGACUUGCAUCCAAAAAGGAAUUAUUACUACGGUGUUGGAUCUUUUUUCUUCUUUUUUGUAUAAUAAUUUAUGGAUCUUAAAGGAUUUUCUAACUGACCGUUGAGGUUUGAGCUACAGAGACUUUUUGAGCAAAAAAUAAUUUCUAUGGCAUUUUGAAGAAAUGUUGAAAGUAUUAUGAGGAGUUCAUAUUGUUGAAAAUGUGUACAUAUCUGUUAUUUUUGUAUUUAUUAAUAAUUUCCCCUUUUACUUUGCUACAGAGAGGAAGUGUUUGUGCCCUCCUCCUUGGUCUGUGUUGAAUGAUAUUGGUGAGAUUGGCCUGGCUUCUCAAAUCUUCAAGACUGUGUUCAUUAGCAAAUUUUAAAUUGUAUACUAAUUAAUACUCAAACACAAAGCAUGGACUGUGGCUGCUGUGUAUUUCGGCCUGUGGUCAAUUCUAAAAAUUACUUUAUUUUAGGUCUAAUAACUAAUUGUAGUCAAGUCUAGCUAGUUAUGUUGCCUGAAAAAAUAUCUUAACUCAAGGCUUUCAACCACAGUUUGCAUGCUGUGUCCCAGCUCCAUAAACGUCACUGAUUAUAGUACAGUAUGUACUAUGUACUAAUCAUUACAGUAUACUGUUUUUAGUUUACAGCUGAUUCCAAAAAAGGUGUGUAAAUGCUGUGUAAAGCAUAAGUAAAGCAGAAAGUGAUCAUUUGCUAAUCAUCAUUAACAUAUAUUGACAUAUAAAAAAAGUAUUUGUUUUGCCUCAUCAACUUCAUUGAUUUUUUUUGUAAAUACCAGCUUAUUCUGAAUUUGAUGCAGCAACACGUUUCAAACAAAUUGGGACAGGAGCAACAAAAGACUGGGAAA